UUCAAUUAUCCGCUUAACUGCUUACUAUCAUCCGGAUUGGUAAUCGCUGGCAAUCGGCCACUUCGUGCAACGUUGUACAGUGGCGCCCCCAAUGCACCACAAGUUGAUGCUUCGACGACUCAGCCAGCAGAAGCAUCGCGUUGGCCGUGCCACCACGCAGAUCCAGGGCAUGUCAUUGUCCACUGGAUUGCGACAGCAGACGACAAACUUACGUCUUCCGAGCGUGCCGCGAUUGCUUCAACUCCAUCGGUCUUUCUCUGGAUGUGGGAGCAGCGACAAGAAGCCAUCAUCCACUGAACGAACAGUCCGUCCACGGGUGGUGGCCGAGGACGAAUAUUACUUCAACGAGUUCAGGCAAUUCUUGGCCCUGGAAACUCCGACGGACGACGAGGCGCGGCUAGCGAGGUGUCGACUCGACGAAGUGGUCGCCAUGACCUUAUCCAAAGAGAUUCUUGGCAUCCAAGCCACGGCAUUGUCACUUGUGGCAGACAAGCUGGGCGAUCAUGCACUUGUGCUUCAAGUCUACCGCGCCCAGCGUGAAAAGCGCAUCCAACCGUCGCCGUUGACGUUGAAAGUCGCAGUGACGUCGUGCGCUGCGAUCUCUCCUGAAGACGACGUGCAUGCGUGGGAGACUGCUUUGGACGUCGUGGCGCAAAUGCAUGAGGCAGUGCACCUCAUGCCGGUGUCGGAGGAGAUGUACCAGCAGGCCAUCGAGGCAUGUGCGAAGGCACAUCAGUGGCUCGUCGCGCUGCGGUUAGUGGACGAGAUGCUGCGGCACAACCGACCUCCGGCGGCCGACACGUGGCUCACGGUGGCGAAAGUGUGUUUGACGCAUCGCGAAACCGAGGCCGCGCUGUCGUUGGUCGAGAAACUCCGCGACGUGGAGCUGGACGUGGAUUUUGACGUGGACCACGUGCUGGAAGCCAUCCUCAUGGUGGGAGUAUCAACCCACAACAGCGCAUUCACGCUGAAGGUCCUCAACGACUUGUAUAGCCAUCAACGAGCUCGGAACAACCGCUUGGGCGGCAACUUGUCGUCGUGGUUUGGCCUGAAACAGUUGCACCAAGACCCGCUGGUCGUCGAAACGCUGUCCACCAAUGACCUGCACGCGAUCGUCGAUUCGUUGGCGACCGAUCGGCAGUGGCUUGCCAUGGACAAGUGGCUGCCAUCCCUGGGGUACCCAGACUACAAAUGCCCCACAAUUCAGUACGGCCACCGCGACUACUUUCCCCUGGCCAAGCACAUUUACCAAAGCAUCGAGGCUCCGUCGGCGCAGUUUAAGAACGCGUACUUGCUGACCUGUGGCCGUCUCGGGCGCCUCGACGAGGCCAAGGACGCCCUCCGCGCACACCCCCGUGCAGACUUCACGAGCUAUUAUGCCGCCAUCUGUGCCUGCAACGACGACGUGAAUGAGUCGGCGCAACUGUACGACCUAGCCGCCACGGCCAACGAACGAUUGUACGAUCACCCGCAUCAUCACCACACCCGUGUGGACGUGCUCAACGGAUACCUCACCACACUGAGCAAGGCGAGCAAGCAUAAUGACGUGCUGAGGCUGGUGUCGCGUGACCUGAAUGCGGACGACGCCACCAACCACCGCACCAUGAGCGCCGUGUUGCUGGCCCACGUGGGCUUGGGCCACUGGAAUGACGUCGUCGAGACGUUCAAAUCCAUCAAAACCCAUGGGUUCCCGUGCUCGGGAUAUGUUUACGGCGGCGUGAUCUUGGCGUACACGAAACUAGGCCAUUUCAAGCACGCCGCCAUGCUGUUUCAGCACAUUCAACACAGCGACCCCGAGUACAUGCACCACCCUGCGGUACUGGCAUCCGUCUUUUACUUGUUCCGCGUCGACGACAACGACGUGAACGCAGCCAUGGCGCUGUUUCGGUCCCUCGACUUGUCGGAAGAGAAAAACGGGCGCGUCGCGUUGAACGCGGAAGGCGCGGUGCAUCUGCUCCACACUUUAUAUGGCAUGCGCAACGACGAUGGCCGGAACGACGACGGCGAUGGCGGCACCACCACCACGCUCGGCCUGCUGGAAGAGGUGUGGCCCAAGCUCGAGCGCUUGCCGACCCUGUUUACGAACCACAAGGGGCCACAUCCGUACGUGGUGGACACGGCGCUCCUCGCGGCUGCCAAGGCCCAGGCGGUCGACAUGGCCGAGGACAUUGUCACAUGGGCGAUGGACCAGUCAAUUCCGUUCUCGGCUGCCACGUACACGCACAUGAUGCGCGUGUACUCGCAGCCACCCAUUUCCGAACUGGAUCAUUUCGUCGACUGGACCGCGCCGCCGGCGUUCCCGGUGCGGUUCAUGUACUGGUGGGACGCCAUGCAGGACAACGCAGACGUCAAGCCCAAUGUUCGAACUAUCACGUCGCUUUUGGCGGCCAUUCGGCGACGUAUUCUCACUGACGUGACGGCAAAGGACGUGCUGGACACGAUGGACUCUGUGUGGGACGUGCCCCUUCGUGUCGAGCAUUGCGAGAUGUGCCUGCGCAUCUGGGCGGCGGAACUGACCCAAGGGGAAGGCCACGUGGUGUGGACGCAUGUCCUUCAGCUCGUCCAACGCAUGAAGGACGAAGGAAUCCUUUAUCGACCAGAAACCAUUGCCGCUGCCGCCGCAUGUGGCCAAGCCGCCGACGGGAAUCUGGUCGACAGAGAGGCGUGGCUGCACAUGUUGGCGAAAGCUGCAGCGAGUGAUGGGGAGAACAUGGCAAGUCUGAUCAAGGCGUUGCAAACGAGCACGGACGUUGUGGUUGUCCUGGAAGCUUGCGACAGGAAAUUGUCAGCAAAGGUGCUUGCACAUGCGCUCGAAUCGUGUGGCGGUGACACGACGUCGACGAAUAUGCGAAGGAUGUGCCUGUGGGUGCAACGACAUAACAUCCAGCUCGCCCUUCCAAGCACUAUUACCACAGAGUUCAAGGAACGAUUGGAUCGAUGGGGAGAGGAUGUGCAGGAAGAUCCGUGGCGAACGGUGUUGUUAACGGAGUCGUCGUAAUCAUUACGAUGAUGUUUGGUCAUAGUGUUGCGAGGAGGGCGGCGUAAUGUUGGGUUGCUUGGGGUACUACGGGGUGUGUACUUCCAUCAUGUCCGCCUGGAAGGUACCGUACUACCAGGGACGAGCAUUACAUUGUUCUGGCUCCGCCGUCCG